AUGUCAUUCCGCUGUGUUCGUACCGUGUCCGGGUUUCGCAGCUUAUCUUGCGCUCUUCCUGGAUUCCUUCUUCUUCGCGGCAAUGUAGCCCCGAAGACGGCAAUUUUCGCCAGUCCAUCUUCUAAUAUCCGUUUCUUUUCUUCUGAUACUGCACCAAUGGAUUUUGAAGAGAAUAAGUCGAAGUCAGUGCUGAAGAACUUCCCGGUCUUUAGCAUCUUUCAAGAUUGGAAGAAUAAGUUUCUGCCAGUGAAAGAAGUAUCUAGUGAUGAUGCAGCAGAAAAUAUGACUACUUCUGCCAUUGAUUUGGCCCUCAACUCGGUGGUGAAGGUGUUCAUCGUCUCUAGCAAGCAUAGAAUUUUUCAACCUUGGCAGAUUAGUAUGCAGAGUGAAUGCACCGGCUCUGGUUUUGUAAUCUCGGGAAAGAGGAUUCUUACGAAUGCUCAUGUAGUAGCUGAUCAAACAUCUGUUAAAGUCCGAAAGCAUGGUUCACCCAAAAAGUACAAAGCAAAAGUUCAAGUGGUUGGUCACGAAUGUGAUUUGGCCAUCUUGGAGAUCGAUAACGAAGAGUUUUGGGAGGGUCUUACCCAUUUGGAGCUGGGAGACAUACCCUCCCAAAUGGAUUCUGUGGCGGUCGUUGGCUAUCCAGAAGGUGGUGAUAGUAUAUCCGUUACGCAAGGUGUUGUGUCGAGAGUUGUACUGAGAAGAUACAGUCACAGCUCCACCGAGUUAUUGAAAAUACAAAUAGAUGCAGCUAUAAACUCUGGAAAUAGUGGCGGUCCGGUAAUCAUGGGAAACAAAGUGGUUGGUGUAGCAUUUGAAAGCCGUUGCUGUUCUGAACUUAUAGGCUACAUAAUUCCAACUCCAGUCAUUAGACAUUUUUUAAAUGGUGUUGAAGAAAGUGGUCAACAUUUUAGUUUCUGCUCAAUGAAUUUAUCAUAUCUAACUAUGGAGCAUGCCCACACCCGUAACGCCUUAAAGAUGGGCAAGGAAAUGACAGGGAUUGCUGUAAAAAGUAUAAACCCACUUUCGGAUGCUCACAAAGUUCUGAAAAAAGAUGAUGUUAUAAUUCUUGCUAUUGAUGGUGUUUCUAUAGGAAAUUAUAGUACAGUUCCUUUUCGUAAACAGGACCGAGUAAGUUUCAAGCAUUUGGUUUCUAUGAAGAAACCAUGUGAUACAGCGUCAUUUAAAGUCUUAAGAGAAGGGAAAGAACACGAGUUCAAUAUAAGCCUAAAACCCGUGCAACCUCUAGUUCCAGUGAAUCAAUAUGACAUGCCUCCAAGUUAUUAUAUAUAUGGGGGUCUUGUUUUUGUACCUCUAACUCAACCAUACAUUGAUCGUUCUUAUAUUUGCGAAUGUUGUGUUAAAAAGAUGCCCACAAAAGCCGGUGAACAAAUUGUAAUAAUUUCUCAGAUUUUAGAGGAUGAUAUCACUUCAGGUCUCAGUAUUUUUGAAGAUUUACAGGUGAAGAAAUUGAAUGGAGUGGAAGUGGAUAAUUUGAAGCAUCUAUGUCAGCUUAUAGAGGAAUGUUCCAACGAGUAUUUGAGGUUUGACUUGGAAGACAAUAAUUUUUUUUUCCUAGAACAUAAAUCUGCGAAAAAAGCCACUUGUAAGAUCUUGAAAAGUCUCAAAAUACCAUCGGCCAUGUCUGAGGACCUUCAGCCUAAACAACGGAAUAACCGCCGCAAAGUUCCUCGGCAGAGCAAAAAACAUUGA